GGUACUCAUUAAACACCUAUGAAGUACGCUCUAUGAACUAGUAUGAAGCCGACACUUCUAUACCCUUUUUCCCAUUCCGUACUCCCAAUCCCAUACGUGUGAAGCGGUCUUCCCACCCAACUCUCCACAACCAACAAUGGUGAAAGCAGCAUCCUCCAAGAAGCAAAAACCAGCCAAAAAACCAGAAACCACCACCACCACCACCAAGAAAAAAAUCACCAAAACCCCCAAAAAGAAACCACCAUCACAAAAACCACCCAUCACAUCUUCCGAUUCUGACUCCGACGACAACAACCCCUCACCAGACCAAAUCCAAAAACUCAUCCAACCCUACACCAAAGACCAACUAAUCGACUUCAUCGUCAACGCCGCCCUAUCAAACCCUACCCUCUACACCCGCAUACGUCACGCCGCCGAUACUGACGUAUCCCACCGCAAAAUCUUCGUCUACGGCCUCGGAUGGGACACCACUAAAGAAACCCUAACUCAAACCUUCAAACCCUACGGUGAAAUUGAAGAUUGUAACGUUGUUAUUGAUCGUGUUACAGGUAAAGCAAAAGGUUUCGGUUUUGUUCAAUUUAGGUCACGAAAAGGGGCCCUGAAGGCGUUGAAGGAGCCCAGGAAGAAGAUUAAUAAUCGAACGGCGUCGUGUCAGUUAGCGUCGUUAGGACCGGUUAAUUCUGGUUCUGGGUCAACUGAUAAUUCUAAUAGGAAGAUUUAUGUCAGUAAUGUGAAACCGGAUGUCGAUCCCGAGCGGUUACGGGUGUUUUUUUCAAAGUUUGGGGAGAUUGAGACCGGACCGUUGGGGUUCGAUAGUUUGACGGGGAAGAGUAGGGGGUUUGCUUUGUUUGUGUAUAAGAAUGUGGAGGGGUUUAGGAAGGCGUUAGAGGAGCCGUAUAAGGUGUUUGAAGGGCACCAGUUGCAUUGCCAGAAAGCGGCUAGUGAGGGGAAGAAUAAGGGUGUUGCGAAGGCUGCGGUUUCAGGUCCGGUGCCGGUUGUUCAACCAGCGAACACGCAGAUGAUGGCUGCGGUUGCUUCGGGUCAGAAUCUUGCGUUGUUGAAUCAGGCUCAGCUGGGAUUGAAUCCUAUGUAUGGAGGGUUGUUUGCGGCGAAUCCGUUUUAUGCUUCAGGGGUUUUGGGGCAAGUGGGUGGUGUUGGUGGUGCACCGGGUGGGUUGGGGAGUUACUAUGGUGGUGCGUCGGGUGGGUUGAACGUUGGUGUUGGCAAUGCGUCGUUGUUAGGGGAGUACGGCAGGGGUGUUUCUCCGGUGCUACCAGGCGGGGGAUUACAGAGUGCCUACCCUAAGAAGAAAGGGGGGCCUGCUACGCCCCCGGCUCUGGGGUCGGCUUCUGGUUCCAGGUCUCAAGGUGCUGGUGGCUCGUUUAGUGGUUAUCGUUUAUGAUGAAUUGCAGCUGCCAUUGAGGUUAGUUUUCACUCAGAAUCGAAGAAUAUGUGUUAAUGACAUUUCUAUUUUGUCAGUUGACAGUUGCUUGGAGUUAUCUUUGGUAUUUCAAACGUCUUUCUUGGGUCAAGUUUUCAUUUUUUGCUAAUUUUCUUAUAGUUAUUUUGGACAUACUUCUAUAUUUUAUUGUAUGGAGUUGAUGACAUUUUAUUGUUUAUGUUACUUUAUUUUAUAUCUACUUUUAUUCCGGGAUA